GAUCAGUCAAUAAUGAAUGAGUUCAGAGAUGUAACCCAAAUGGAAGAUCGGUAGAAUGAGACGGUGGAUUGUUGGGGAAUACUAGAGAGGUUGCAGUCUAUAGCCUACCGCACACACGGCAGUAGUAUUCAGCGUGUAGCAGAUUUUUACAUCGCUGAGCUCGGACCAUGCAGUCUAAUGAAUUCCUCCCUAUUCCAGCCAUGGACUGCAGCAAGCGCAAGAGCGAUUAGAACACAGUGGCUCCCCGGUGGAUAUGGAACACACGGAAUAUUGAUGGUGCUGAUAUUACACGGAUCCCACAAAUCCCCCUGACAACGCAAAAAUUAUUAUCAAUAGUUACGCUUAUGUUAAAUAGGUAGCCUACCGGACUGCAUCCAAAACCAGCUUCUGGUGGAUAUUUAGUCAUUACAGAGCGCAUAUAGGCUACAUUCCGCGCGCUCAUAUGCCAUUGGUUUGCGUAUUAGGCUCUGCGUUAUUUGCCAGGGAAUCAAGUUGAUGGAUUGGCUAUGGAUGCAUUUGGUGGUUGUUGGACGAAUCUGGAUCAGAACCUUCGAAUAAGAAUGUCUGCGUCCUUUUGAGACAUGUAUGUACACACCUCGACUGCAUCCAUGCAUAUACUUAUAUCUGUGUUUGAUUUUACGCUUGCUACAUCGAUCAUGUUCGGGAAUAUUGCCUGGACAUGUGACCCUUUAUGGUAACUGAUAUUAUACCUCUGCAAAUCCUCCAGUAGGCUAUCAGAGAACUGCACCAAUAAGGGAUGAACAUCAAUCGAAAUGUGGAUAGUUCAUUUCAAUCUCGGUUUAUGGCAUUAACUGUGUGCGCUCAAGAAUAAUGUCACUGAGAAAUCCUAUAUAGGGCACCACGUUCAGUUCCACAGGACAGGGCUAUAUGUAGAAAUAGCCCCAGACUUAUCGCUCUCUCACAAACUCGGCAGCAUUUCCCCCCAUCGGAAUACAAAGUCAAAAGCUACCGGCACCCCGCGGGUUUUCUCCACUGUGGCCACAGGAAUGGUGGAUUCAUCCCAAUUUCAUGCACCUCUUUUUGAUCAUUUGUAAUUUUUUUUAUUGCGUUCGAGGUUCGUUUUCUUACGUUUUUGAUUCUGCUGCUGCCGAUGUAGACUACGUGUGGUUGCCUCGAAUCCUUUCACAUGGGUGAGAAUUGUGCAUCGGUCUUACAGCCAAUCCAAUCGGAUACCUUGGCCCUGGUGUGUUUCAUUUUUUUGCUAGAUUUUGAGAACAAUCCCAUAUCUUCGAGAAAAUGCAGAGGACCACCAGCCACUGAACUAUGAAUGCUGAUCACAAUGAUCUCCUCCCUCCAGCACCAGACAAUGAGAGAUCUUAGGCUGAGGGGGGCUCGGUCCUAUCCCCUCUUCGUGCUGCUGUUGGCCCUCCAGAUCCUGGCGGUGGCCGGCCUGGUGCGUGCCCAGACCUGCCCCUCUGUCUGCUCCUGCAGCAACCAGUUCAGCAAGGUGAUCUGCACCCGCCGGAGCCUGCGCGAUGUCCCCGACGGCAUCUCAACCAACACACGUUACCUGAACCUGCAGGACAACCUCAUCCAGGUGAUCAAGGUGGACAGCUUCAAGCAUCUACGGCACCUGGAAAUCCUGCAGCUGAGCAAGAACCACAUCCGCAACAUCGAGAUUGGCGCCUUCAAUGGCCUGGCCAGUCUCAACACCCUGGAGCUGUUCGACAACCGUCUCACCACCAUCCCCAAUGGGGCCUUCGAGUACCUCUCCAAGCUCAAGGAGCUGUGGCUAAGGAACAACCCCAUCGAGAGCAUCCCGUCGUACGCCUUCAACCGGGUCCCCUCGCUGCGAAGACUGGACCUGGGAGAGCUCAAGCGGCUCUCUUACAUCUCAGAUGGAGCCUUCCAGGACCUCAGCAACCUGCGCUACCUGAACCUGGGCAUGUGCAACCUCAAGGAGAUCCCCAACAUCCUACCCUUGGUCAGGCUGGAGGAGCUAGAGAUGUCAGGGAACCAGAUCUCUGUCAUAGGGCCUGGCUCUUUCGCAGGGCUGGCGAACUUGCAGAAGCUGUGGAUGAUGCACGCUCAGAUCCAGACCAUCGAGAGGAACUCCUUCGACGAUCUCCAGUCCCUGGUGGAGCUCAACCUGGCCCACAACAACCUCACCCUGCUGCCCCACGACCUCUUCACCCCCCUGCACCGCCUGGAGAGAGUCCAUCUGCACCAUAACCCGUGGAACUGUAACUGUGACAUCCUGUGGCUUAGCUGGUGGCUGAAGGAGACAGUGCCUGCCAACACCAGCUGCUGUGCCCGCUGCCACACCCCAGCCAGCUACAGGGGUCGCUACAUCGGCGAGCUAGAGCACAGCUACUUCCAGUGCGAUGUGCCUGUCAUCGUGGAGCCGCCGGCGGAUCGCAACGUCACAGAGGGCAUGGCGGCUGAGCUCAAGUGCAGGACGAGCUCGUUGACCUCGGUCAGCUGGCUCACCCCCAACGGGUCUCUGGUGACCCACGGGGCGUACAAGGUGCGCCUGGCCGUCCUCAACGACGGGACGUUGAACUUCACCACCGUCACCAUGCAGGACACGGGGACUUACACCUGCAUGGUGAGCAACACGGCGGGCAACAUCUCCGCCUCGGCUGUGCUCAACGUUACCUCGGUGGAGAACAGCGGCGUCACCUACUUCACCACAGUCACCGUGGAGACCACAGAGACAGUAGACGACAGCCAGACUCCUGCUCUUCCACCGAUUGGCUGGGUAUCAUCUUCGACCACCAGGGGGCCUCCGGUCCAGACCAGGACCACAGAGCGGACCUACACCGUCUCUGUUCUGGACCUGGAUGGGGAGGGGGACCGCGGCUUGGAGGAGGUGAUGAAGACCACCAAGAUCAUCAUCGGCUGCUUCGUGGCCAUCACGCUCAUGGCCGCCGUCUUGCUGGUCAUUUUCUACAAGAUGAGGAAGCAGAACCACCAGCAGGACCCCGAUGGCCCCGCCUCAUCAAUGGAGGUCAUCACAGUGGAGGAGGAGCUCGCCGGUGUUGCUGCCAUGGAGACCCACUUACACCUGCCUCCAUUGGAGCAUUACAACCAUUACAACACUUACAGGAGCACCUACCACCACUCCCACACACAGGAACCUUUACUGAUUCAAGCCAGCUCAAAAGACAAUGUGCAAGAGACCCAAAUUUGAUUGAGAUUCACUAGAGGAAUCCGAUAUCAGCUAUCUCAUACAGGAAGUAUCAUGGACAGAAGGGUAAGGAUUAGUGUGGGAAUGACUUGACACUGACUUGACUGAUGAUGUUAACGAUCAAAUGGAUCAACAUCUUUCAAAAUGUGUGUGCUAUUUGAAAAAGUGUCUUUACAAAACAGAAAUUAUUUAUUUAAAAAAAUAUAUGUCUAGUGGCUAAAUCAAGAAAAACAAAUCUGAAUGAGCUUUUUAGCUCCAAUUUUAUUUCACCUCUGUGUGAUGUUGGGGGAAGAAUGGUUCACUGCAAACUCAUCUACUUAAAUGAAUUCUCUACAUUCAAACCAUGUUCGGAUCCUUUCCAAAUAUGAGUGCAGCAACAGAAUAGAUUAACACAGCUUCCAUUUGACGAUAGGGCCAUUUCAGAUGAAAAUAUAAUACUGCCUUGUUUGAGAAUUUUUAUCAAAAUGUUUGAAGGUCAUUAUAAUAUCCCAGAUGCCCUGGUGUUUUCCUUAUUCCUUUGGAUAUAUUCACAGCCCUCGCAUAUUAUCACAGCUACAUUACAUAAAACUGAUGAAGAGGGAGGAUCCUCAUAUUACACUGUACCCUUCCUGUCACUCAAAUUAGAUGACAUACAGAUGUUCCCAUGACUUGGCUGUUAAUGAAAUGAGCAAUGAGGCCAACAUGCCUCGGGAACCAGACGGCCAAAUGACUGAACAUGCAUUUUCCCGGCUCCUAAUCAACAACUAUACAUCCUUGACUUAAAUUAAGAUGAAGGUCUCUCCCCCCCCUCGCUCCCUCCCUCCUUCCCCUCUCCUAUCACACUCUCGCUCUCUUCUCUCUCUCCCUCCUCUCACACUGUAUCUCUUUCACUCUAUCACUCUCCACCUCCUACCUCCGCUCUCUCUUUUCUCCUCUCUCUCUCUCUCUCUCUCUCUCUCUCUCGCUCUCAUUCUUCCACUCCCUCUCCUUCACCUCUCAUCCUACUCUCUCCCUCCCCUUUCUCCUUUGCUCAUCCUCCUCUCUUACACUCUCCUCUCUCUUCUCCUCUCUCUCUCUCUCUCUCUCUUUCUCUGGCACAUUCAUCUCUCCUCUCGACAUAUCUCAUUUGUCUCUCUUUAGACAUGGGGAGAAUGGCAGUGCAGCAGAAGAUGUGGGAGAAUGAAGGGGAGGCUCCACGGCCCUACGGUAAUGUGUUAAUGAUCUAGAUCAGCAGCACUGUCGCGUUACCUUGGUAUCACCCUAGGGUCACAGACGCUCGUGGGCUGAUAGCCCGUCUGUUAGCACAGAUAAAGCUUGCAUGUAAUUCAGCGUGACCCUGGUCGGCCAACACAGGGGGCUAACCGUCUGUACUGUCAGUUUGUAGUAAACAGGGAGGUGUAAUCGCUCAUUAAACUGCAUCAGCAGUCCAUUUGUAGGCUUCUAGAUGAGCUAGAUGAGAAAUUGAUACAGCAAACAGCUUGAAAACUCCAACCCGUAUCCCUUUACACAGCAGCUAAUGGAGAAGCUAGUCUUCUGAUUUCUGAGAGGUUCCUACUCUGAUCUUCUCGGCCAUGUUUGUCAGGGAAAAUACACAAGCCAAGGCCUUUUGAUGGCGCCUCUCUCAUCGUCCAUCUAUCACAACACUGCCUUGUCUUUUCUCUGCUCUGUUUACACGGUGCAUUUCAUUUGGUAGUUGAGUGAAGGAGGGAGGAAGGGAGGGAAUGAGGAAAGGAGGGAGGGGUUUGGCCCAUGAUGGCCAUGGGGGCAGAUAUUGAAGAUGUGACGCAAUAGCAGUGAAAAACAGAUAAGGAAUGAAGAGGCGCAGAAAUAGCCGACGGACAGUCGCCAUGGAAACACGGACCUUGUGUGGAGCGUGAGGAGGAGCAGAUAUGCCAGGGCUGUUGUCCCGGAGCUAACAACUGCCGCUUAACUUUACAAUACAAUUCCGCAAAAUCCACUGUUAGAUUGCAGGCUAAAGUGUCUCGGUCAAUUACAGCGGCACGGAGUUAUGCUUCAGUUGUAUCCACUAAGGUAACACGACUGCGUUGACGAAGAGAAUGUUUGGUACGACAGGCAGCACUAUACCAAAGCAGCUACUUAGGGACACAUUUGGUUUGCAUCAUAGCAGGGCACAGCCAGUUGUCAUUAGCUGACAUGCAGUAAGCGGCCAUGACUGCUUGUGUCAUGCUUAUGACAAUACGAAGAUAAAGAAAGUCUCACACUCCAUAUUAUUCUCCUGACAAUUGAAUGGGUAAACAUGACCUUUUCAAUAUCAGGUGGUGCUGUGGCUCAGGCACUAGAGCAUGGCGCUCGCAACACACCAAGGUUCUAAGUUUGAUUCUCGCUGGUGCCACCCAUAUGUAAAAUGUAUGCAAAUCCCUUUGGAUAAAAGUGUCUGCUAAAUGGCAUAUAUUACUAUUGUGUUAGUAUCUCCAACUGGCAUCCAAAUAGACUGGAUUGACUCAAUACAGACAUUAGUGCUCAGUGUGAAAGUCAUAGGCAUUUGAUGUUUGGGUAUAUGAACCUGUUUUUAGUAUGUACUGAGCAUUACGCCAGUUGUUCAUAAUAAAGAAAUUGCAUAUACAGAAUCAUUCAUUCAGCACUUAAGCAUCCAUAUCCAUUAAACAUGUAUCUCUGACAAGGCCAUUCUGAUCUAUUCACUAGUUAUAUCUGUAUAUAACUUGUUGCUUGGAGUCGUCAAACAGCACAUGGAUACAGCAGCAGUAGAUUCUGUUCCUGUCCGGUCCAGUCUCCGGUCCAGUCCAGUCUCACAUGCAAGGGAUGUUCAUAUCAUCUAUAGCCAAGGUUGACCAUUCUUUCCCCAUCUAGUGAUUCCUUUUCAAUACUUUCAAUUCCUUUUCAAUACUUUCAAUUCCUUUUCAAUGCUUUCAAUUCCUUUUCAAUGCUUUCAAUUCCUUUUCAAUGCUUUAGGUGGCUGAAUGCUUGACCUUUGACAGUAUAGUCUACAGCCAAUAAGGCGGUGAGAGAUUCAUUUCUAUGUGGAGCUGGUGAUUGGUUUAUUGUGUGUUGUUCUGCCAACUGUCCAUCUAUGGGAGGUUACAGUAUUGGGGGUUUUGUCCCUUCUCUCAUUUUCUGAGAGAAUGCUCCUCAAGUGGUACAUUUAUACGAGACGUAUUUUCAAAAUAACAUGCAAAAAAAAAAAGAUUUUCACAUCAAAAUUUUACAUGUGCUUAUGGAUUCAAAUGUAAAGAGAGAGAAUGUGAGAGACUGAGGAGUCAAACGGGUGUCUCCGUUAGCAUCCUUCCCAUACCUCUCAAGGAAUACAGCGUACAUUUAUUAUACCAGAGAUUGUAGUUCAUACAUAAACACCAAUAAAACAUAGCUGUUUUUCCAGUA